AUGUUCCGUAGUAUCCCCAACCCAGAAAGAAUGGACCCUCUCCUAAAGGCCAUGGCAUCAGCUAUUCGUCACGCGCCUUCUCUCAAAAAACUUGAUCUAUGGUUUGGCGAGGAUGAGCUAUCCCCAACAUAUGUCAAAGUUGAAGGAUUGAAACGUCGAUUUGACAUCUUUUACAGGGCUUCUGGUGAAGGCAGAGUGUUUAGGGACGAUCCUAAGGAACGCCAGCUUACCAGAAGACCCAGGAUAGUCUGUGAUGUGCUACACUGGCGUGCUAGUGAGGAAAUUGAAAAGUGUUGGAUGGAAGCAUUGGGGCCGAACGGCGCUAUAUAUUAUCGUCAUUGA